GAAAAUGAAAAAAAGAAAGAUGUUGAAGAGAAAAAUAAUUUUGAGAAUGAGAAGCCGCCGAAAAAGAAAAAGAAGAUUGGUCCCGGUAGCCAAGUUAAACGAGAUCGAAGUUCUUCAGACGAAGACACUGAGAGGGAUAACUCAGAACCUAAACAUGAUUCUAAACCUAAAACUGAACCUGAAUCUAAUACUGAAACCAAACCUGUGAGUAAACCUGAAAAAUCUAGGCCUAGAGUAGGCCCAGCUAGUAAAGUGAAACGAAAACUAUCGGAAAGUGAUGAUGAGAAGAAUAUUAAUACAACGAAUGACGUGGAAUACAAACAUGGAAAAUCAGGUAAAGGAGAAGUAAAAAUAAAGAACAAGGAAGAUACAGUGAAGAAUAAAGAAGAUACAGUAAAGAAUAAAGAAGAUACAGUAAAGAAAAAACCGAAGAUGGGUCCAGCAAGUAAAGUUAAACGAAGCAGAUCCCCAAGUUUGGAAGAUAAAAAUGAGCGAAAGAAAAAACACAAAUCUGACCAGGAGAGACAUGAAAAAUCUUCAGCCAGGAAAGAAGAAACCGCGAAGAAAAAGAGAAAUGAAAGUGAUCGAAAGAAAAAUGAAAAUACAGGGGAAAGUUCAGACGAUGAGGAAAGAAAUAUAAGGGAAGUCGAGAAGGCAAAAAAGAAUUGGGAGAAAGAAAAAAUGGAAAAUAAAGGAAUGAAAAUCAAUUCAAAUCGAUCAUCAGUCGAUACCUCCGACUUCCUGGCAAGUGACAGUGAUAACGAAGGAAAACACUCGAAGAAGGAAAAAAAGAAACUGAAAGAUUUAAUAAAGUCGCCGGUUAAGAAUGACGAAACAAAAAAGGCCUCCCCAAAGGAAAAGUCUGAAAUUAAGAUUAAGAAAAAAGAUCCUGUUUCUGGGUCCAACCCCGAGGUGUUUUCAGGACCUGAUUGUUGCAAGUGCGGACUUGUUUGUAAAGACUUGAGCCAUUUAAAGAAUCAUAUUCUUUCUCACUACUAUUCAAAUUUCUACGCUGUGUUACCGUCAAACAAGCCUUAUGAGUGUCCCGUGUGCAGUAAACUAAACAGAGACAGAAUUACAUUGACGCGGCAUUAUGCGUUCACGCACAAUAAACUAUUCGAGAUGACGGACCUUACACCUGAAAUGCUGGGAUCAGGGUCUGUUGUCAAGAGAAAUCUAACUCCCAAGAAGCCUAAAUUAGCUACAUCCUCAAGUGCAAACAAAGUUGUAAAAAAAAUUCAUUCAGAUAAACUGAAAUCUAAAGAGAUUGUCGAUUCUGACGAUUCCGACGAUGACGAUAUUAAACGUCUGCUUGAAAGAGCCGCAUCUAAAAUAUCAGGAAUAUCAAGUUUAACCAAACCUGCCGAAAAAUCUGAAAAGAUUUCUAAUUCUUCUAGUGAAAAGAAAAUGAAAAAGAACAAAGAAAGAGAUAAAGAUAAAGAGAAGUCAAGAGACUCAGAGAAAAAGGAUCAUAAAGAUAGAAAGGAACAUAAACAUAAGAAGGACAAGAAACAUAAGAAGGAUAAGGACCGGGAUAAGAAGAAAAUGCUGGAAAAAGAAAAAUAUCGCGAUAAAGAUAAACGGGACAAGGACAGAACUGAAGAGAAGAAGAAAACUGACGAUUUUCUUACCAAGCUGAUAAAUAAACCUCUAGAGAAGCUUCUAGAAGAUCUUACCCCUGAAUCCAGUAUUAGUGAAUCCUUGACUGUUGGUCCUGCUUGGUCCGGGGCUUCAAGCGGUACUAAAGAUAUCUCGAGAUUGGGGGAAAGGUCGGAGAGUGAUGAAACCCGUCCUUCAAGUACACUCUCUAAUAAAUCUGAUCCGGAUAAAUCUCACCCAACUACCUCCAGGCUCGGACUUCCAGAUUUAUCAGAACGUCCUGCUUCAGUAGCGGAAAGAUAUCCUAAAUUGUCAAGCAAAGAGAUUUCUUCGAGUUCUAUUCCUAGUCCUUCUUCUCUCUCUUCAACCUCUAGGUCGGAGCAGAAACUGGCAUAUCCUAACCUAGUGAUAGCGAAACCAUUGUCUCCUCCAUCUCCGGAAUCUUCGCAAUCCCAGGACCAGCAGGUUGAGACGGGUCAACAAGACGAUCCUGAUGAACCUCAAGGAGAUGUUGACGAACCUCCAGGAGAUGACGAUGAGGACGAUUUUGAUCUGGACGACUUACCAACCCCUGUUUUCGCAGCCUAGUCGAAAUAUCUUAAGCAUUUUUCGGGGAUUAAUUUUUUGCUUUAUAUUUUAGUCAAUUAUUUCGACAUUUAUUUUAAUGUUCCUUGUAAAUUUAUUCUUGGAGUAGUUUCUCCCGUGUUUAAAUACCCCUUAAUCUUGAGAAUCGUUUAAAAUAAUACCAAUUUUAUAAUUCAAUUUUUUUUCCUGUUUACAAUUAAUUGUUUAAUAUAUUACACAGUUUUAAAGUGUAUAAGGAAAUUUGAUGCAAAUUUUAAACAAUAGCUUCACCCCCCCCCCCCCCCCCACGAUUUCAUACGUGCCUUAUGAAUAUGUAAAUGUAAGGUCAGCACAUUAACUAACUAUAUUUUCGUGUUCAUUUCAGAAA